ACGACAAUGCUCCGUCUAUGAAUGCGCAUGCUCAUUCAGUCUAAUGGCAGCCAUGAUGGCUGGAAGUUCGCGGAGUUUACCGCAGUUAUUUUGCCGGUUCUCCUCUUGUAGUCGGUUAUUUUCGAAUCAAAAGUUUCGUCCAUACCAGGGGCAUAUACACAAAGGGGUCUCAAGCUUCAACAAACCAACACCGCCUCAUUGUAUCAGAGCAUCCAGUUCACAGACAGCAUGUACUCUUCACUACAGCCUCCGCUACAUUAGGACAUCAUCAGCACUUUGUAAUGAGGUACAGACUAUAAAAUGCCCCCCGUUUGCAGAGUCUAUCACAGAAGGAGACAUCAGAUGGGAAAAAGCUGUUGGUGAUGUAGUGAAGGUAGAUGAUGUUAUAGCAGAGGUUGAGACAGACAAAACCUCUAUACAGAUCCCCAGUCCUGUCUCAGGUGUUAUAACCUCUCUCUUGGUUGCUGAUGGGGACACAGUGGAGGCGGGAAAACAGAUCUGUACAAUUACUGUCGGAGCUGGUGGCAGUGCACCUGCUCCAAAAGCUGCACCAAAGGUUGAGACGCCACCUCCCAAGGCUGCCACGCCCCCACCCCCUGCUGUGACUCCGCCCUCUGCCACGGGGUCAGCUGGCCCCAUCCCAACAUCAGCCCCUGCUCCAAGACCCCUUCCAACCGCUCCCAUGUCCUCAGUACCUGUUGGUGAUGUGAAACUUAAAGCUGCUGCGCCAGUAAUCAUGGCUGCUACUGAGGCAGGACCAGUAGGCGGAACUAGAGGUGAAAGUAGGGUAAAAAUGAAUCGAAUGAGGAAGAGGAUUGCCCAACGUUUGAAGGAUGCCCAAAACACGUGUGCUAUGUUGACAACUUUUAAUGAAAUUGACAUGAGCAACGUUACUGAGAUGAGAAAUAAAUACAAGGAUGCAUUCUUGAAAAAACACGGCUUGAAGCUUGGAUUUAUGUCUGCCUUCAUCAGGGCCUCCGCGUAUGCACUUCAGGAUCAGCCAGUGGUGAAUGCCGUUAUAGAUGGCGAGGAUACUUUAUAUAGAGACUAUAUUGAUAUCAGUGUUGCUGUGUCAACACCCAAAGGCUUAGUUGUUCCUGUGAUACGAAAUGUAGAAACCAUGAACUAUGCUGAAAUUGAGAAGACCAUCAAUGCUUUAGGAGAGAAGGCUCGUGCUGGUGACCUUGCAGUGGAGGACAUGGAUGGCGGUACCUUCACCAUCUCCAACGGAGGCGUCUUUGGCUCCAUGUUUGGCACACCGAUUAUCAACCCACCCCAGUCCGCCAUCUUGGGCAUGCAUGGGAUCUUUGAUCGGCCAGUGGCUGUCAAUGGCAAGGUGGAGAUUCGGCCUAUGAUGUAUGUUGCCUUGACCUACGACCACAGACUCAUAGAUGGUAGAGAGGCAGUCACUUUCCUUAGAAAGAUUAAAUCUGCUGUUGAAGACCCCCGCACCUUGUUGCUAGAAUUGUAAUACCCAGGAAAUGUAGUUGUUAUUAGAAUGCAUUUUGCAAAAUAAGGUGACAGUGCAUACUUGGAGAAAGAAAUAUGUAUUUGAGUUUAUAAUAUAUAAUUGAAUAGUGAAUGUUGUCUACAUCUGGUUAAUAGAUUUACGAUAUUAAUUCAGGUAUUCAAUUUAUUUACAUUAUUUGCUGUUUUAUUUUUAUGGUGUUGAUUUAACAAUAUUGCUUGUGUGGGAAUUGUGAGCUGAAAUGAAUAGUUUUAUCAUCAGUUAGAUACAAGUUUGUACCAAUUUUAAAUUUGGUGCCAAAUCAAAGUGGUAGCGGUUACUAGGAUUGUAAAUUCAUGAUUACUUUAUUUUGUAUUUUUCUUAAGUUUGUGAAACAGGUAAACAUUAAGAGUUGAAGACAUUGUGGAAAAGGGAAAUAAAAUGAAAAAAGCAUAGUUAAUUUAAUUAAGUAAUGUCUUUGUUUUGGGUACAGGUUUAAAUGUUUUGAAUGACAUGUUAUCUAAACAGCCUCCUAACUGUUUAUUGCUGCAUAAUGUUUUUUGAAUGUGCUGCUAUACAAAAAACAAUAUUGAUUUUUGUAUUAUUGUUAAUGAUUAUUCUAUUUAUGCUUGUGUGCAGACUGCCUUGACAAAAUGUACACAGGCAUUUAUUAGCGUACUGUUAUUAUUAUCUGUAGCAUUAACAGCUGAUUUUUAAAAUUUAUUUUGUCUUACAUUGUCUAAAACCUAUUUAUAGGUGGGAAUUUAAUUUACCCUAGCUCCUACUGAACUGAAAAGUAGUCUGACUUCAACUUUUACUAUGAGGUAAAUUUUUAAAGAACUAAAUGUUUCUCAAGAAUGAAACAAAUUAGCGUGGAAUUUGUAAUACUGGCAGAACCAGUAGUUGUACUGUAACGUAUUUGGUCUUUUCAGUUAUUAAGUGCAGUAUUAUUUUGAGUUCAGGAUGCAAUAAAUUUUGAAUUAUUU